AUGGUAAAAGUCAAGGAGAGUAGGAACAGGGUGACCAUCUCCUCCCAGUUUGCCCAGGACAGUGGCACUUCGAAACUGAGAGUGCGUACUCCAGAAACCGACAUGGUCCUGGGGAAGCUAGGAUGGGUGGUCACCCUGAGUGAAGUUAUCGUGGACAGUGACUGCUACUCCAGAUGCCAGACCCAGGAUGGGCCUCACUUUCCUCUCCCCCUCACUGCAGCUGCAGUUCCUUUCUUGAUGUCUUUCACUGUCAACUUCACCAUCACCAACCUGCGCUACAAGGAAGAUAUGGGAAACUUGGGCUCUGAGAUAUUCAAUGCCACUGAGAGACACCUGCAGCGACUGCUGGGGCCCCUGUUCAGGAAGAGCAGCAUCGCUUCCCUCUAUGCCGGCUGCAGACUGACCUCGCUCAGGGCUGAAAGGGAGGGGACAAGCACCAUAGUGGGUGCGAUCUGCACCCACCACCCAGAUCCCACAGGCUUCAGGCUGGACAGAGAACAGCUGUACUGGGAGCUAAGCCAGCAGACCCAUGGGGUCACGCGGCUGGGCCCCUAUGCCCUGGACAGCAAUAGUCUCUUCGUCAGCGGUUACAGCCAUCGGUACUGGAUCCCCACCACUAGCAGUGUGGGCCCAGCCCCGGUGCCUUUCACCCUCAAUUUCACCAUCACCAACCUGCCCUACACCCCAGACAUGAGGCACCCAGGAUCUGCGAAGUUCAACUCCACCGAGAAGGCUUUGAAUCACCUGCUUGGCCCUUUGUUCAAGAACACCAGCAUCGGCCCACUGUACUCUGGCUGCAGACUGGCCCUGCUCAGGACCGAGAAGGAUGGGGCAACAACCGGAGUGGACGCCGUCUGCACCUACCGUCCUGACCCCAUGGGCCCUGCGCUGGACGUAGGCCAGCUGUACCAGGAGCUGAGUCAGCUGACCCAGGGCGUCACCCUGCUGGACGCCUACACCCUGGACAGGGACAGUCUCUAUGUCAAUGGUUAUAACCGUCGCAACUGGACCCCUGCCACCAGCACAGCAAUCCCUUUCCUGGUGCCUUUCACCCUCAACUUCACCAUCACCAACCUGCACUACGAGGAGGACAUGCAGCACCCGGGCUCCAGGAAAUUCAAUGCCACAGAGCGGAUCCUGCAGGGUCUGCUCAAAUCUGUGUUCAGGAAGAGCAGUCUGAGAUUACUCUAUGCAGGCUGCAGACUAGCCUCGCUCAGCCCCGAGAAGGAUGGGACAGCCACCAGAGUGGACGUCAUCUGCACUCAUCGCCCUGACCCUGAAGGCCUUGGACUAGACAGAGAGCAGUUGUACUGGGAGCUGACACAGCUGACCCACAGCAUCACCCUGCUGGGACCCUACAUGCUGGACAGGGACAGUCUCUAUGUCAAUGGUUUCACCCAUCGGAGCUCCACACUCAUCACCAGCACUCCUGCAACCUCCACGGUUGACCUAGAGAACUCUGGGACUCCAUCUUCAUUCUCCAGCCCCACAGUUGCAACAACAAGCCCUACCCUGGUGCCAUUUACCCUCAACUUUACCAUCACGAACCUGCUGUACACGCCAGACAUGGGGCGUCCAGGAUCUGCAAAGUUGAACAUGAUGGAAGAGGUCCUGCAGCCCAUUCUUGGUUCUUUGUUCCAGAACACCAGCAUCGGCCCGCUGUACUCUGACUGCAGACUGAGCUCACUGAGGCCCGAGAAAGAUGGAUCUGCCACCGGAGUGGAUGCCAUCUGCACCUACCACUAUGAGCCCACAAGCACUGGGCUGGACAGAGAGCAGCUGUACAGGGAGCUGAGCCAUGAGACCCACGGUGUCACCUGGCUGGGCUCCUUUAGUCUGGACAGGAAUAGUCUUUAUGUCAAUGGUUACACCCAUCAGGCCCUGACCUCCACCUCCAGCAUUGUUGUGGCCUCCACCAUCUCCCCGGCAACCUCAGCAACCCCAGUUCCAGUCUCCAUAGUCACUGUCCCUGCCCUGGUGCCAUUCACUCUCAACUUCACUCUCACUAACCUGCACUACGAAAAGGACAUGGGUCGCCUUGGUUCCUCGAAGUUCAACAGCACUCAAAGAGUUCUGCAGGGCCUGCUUAGAAUCUUGUUCAAGAAGAGCAGUGUGGACCCCCUGUACUUGGGCUGCAGACUGACCAUGCUAAGGCCCAAGAAAGAUGGGACAGCCACUGGAGUGGGCAUGGUCUGCAGAUACCGCUCAGACCCUGUGGUCCCCGGGCUGGAUAGGGAACGGCUGUACUGGGAGAUGAGCCAACUGACCUAUGAUGUCACUCGGCUGGGCCCCUACACCCUGGACCAGGACAGUCUCUACGUCAAUGGUUACACCCGCCAGACUCGGGCAACCACCCCCAGCACUGCUGGCCCUGCCCUGGUGCCCUUCACCCUCAGCUUCACCAUCACCAACCUGCACCACGCAGAGGACAUGCAGCCAGGCUCUGCGAAGUUCAACUCCACAGAGUCGGUUCUACAAUAUCUGCUCAGGCCCUUGUUCAGCCACAGCAUCAUUGGCUCCGUCUACACUGGCUGCAGACUGACCGCACUGAGGCCUGAAAAGGGUGGAACAGCCACUGGAGUUGAUGCCAUUUGUACCCACCAUCCUGAUCCUGCAGGCCUGGCGUUGGAUAGGGAGCAGCUUUACUGGGAGCUGAGCCACCAGACCCAUGGUGUCACCCAGCUUGGUCCCUACAUCCUGGACAGAGAUCGUCUCUAUGUCAAUGGUUACACCAGACCAGCCUUGACCUCCAUUCCCAGCGUCUCUGUCCCCGCCCUGGUGCCAUUCACCCUGAACUUCACCAUCACCAACCUGCACUACAUGAAGGACAUGCAGGGUCCGGGCUCAGUGAAGUUCUACAAAAUAGAGAAGAUCCUGCAGCACCUGCUCAGACCCUUGUUCAAGAACACCAGUAUCGGCCUCCUCUACUCCAGCUGCAGGCUCGCCUUGCUCAGGUCUGAGAGAGAGGGAGCAGCCAUCAGUGUGGACACAGUCUGCAGCCACCGUCCUGACCCUGCAGGCAUUGGGCUGGACAGAAGGCGGCUGUACCAGGAGCUGAGCCAGCUGACCCAAGGUGUCACCAAGUUGGGUCCCUACACCCUGGACCAGGACAGUCUCUAUGUCAAUGGUUACACUCACCAGACUUCAGAAACCACCCCCAGUGCCACAGGACCACCCCUCGUGCCUUUUACCCUCAACUUCACCAUCACCAACCUGUACUACAUGGAGGACAAGUGGCCUCCAGGCUCCUUGAAAUUCUACACCAUGGAGAAGAUCCUGCAGAGCCUGCUCAAGCCCUUGUUCAAGAAUUCUAGCGUGGGCACCCUCUACUCAGGCUGCAGACUCACUCGCCUCAGGCCCAAGAAGGAUGGGAUGGCCACUGGAGUGGACAUGGUCUGCACACACCGCCCUGACCCUGUGAUCCUCGGGCUGGACAGAGAACGGCUGUACUGGGACCUGAGCCCGCUGACUCGGGGUUUCACCCAGCUGGGCCCCUACACCCUGGACCAGGACAGUUUCUGCGUCAAUGGUUACAUCUGCCAGAUCCAGACCACCACCCCCAGCAGUAAGUUUUCUGAGGUUCAGAAGUCUCUAGAGUCCUGUUCCACCCCUUUGGCCUCAGCUACCACGCCCAAUUUAAGUGACCCUCAGGCUUAUCAGGAGGAGGACAUGGCCCCCUGGAGCCCCACUGUUAAGCAGACACUGGGCCCCCCCCCCGCCUCCCUGCGAGCCUCGGCUUUCUCUGCACCCACCAUAGCUGCGGAGGUCCAUGAGGAGCCUUUCACGCUGAAUUUCACCAUCAGCAACCUGCGCUACUCAGCGAACAUGGGCCAUCCGGGCUCCCUCACGUUCAACAUCACAGACACCCUCAUGCAGCACCUGCUCAGCCGCUUGUUCAGGAGGAGCAGCCUGGGUCCCCGAUAUGCAGGUUGCAAGGUGACCUCGCUAAGGUCUGUGAGGAACGGCGCCAACACCGGGGUGGACUUUCUCUGCACCUACCGCCAGCCCCCCGGCGGCCCAGGCCUGCCUGCCAAGCAGGUGUUCCGUGAGCUGAGCUGGCAGACCCACGGCAUCACUUGGCUGGGCCCUUACUCUCUGGAUAAGGACAGCCUCUACCUCAAUGGUUAUAAUGAACGUGGCCCAGAUGAGCCUCCUACAACUCCUGAGCCAGCCACCUCACCCCUGCCCACUUCAUCAUCACCUGUGCAACCGGAAGCAACCACAGUUCUGUUGCAUAACCUGGAGACCUUCACACUCAACUUUACCAUCUCCAACCUCCAGUAUUCAACAAACAUGAGCAAUGGCUUGGCCACGUUCAACUCCACCGAGAGGGUCCUGCAGCACCUGCUCAGAUCCUUGUUCACGAAGAGCAGUCUGGGCCCCUACUACUCAGGUUGCAGACUGAUGUCCCUCAGGUCUGAGAAGAAUGGGGCAGCCACCGGCGUGGAUGCCAUCUGCACCUACCACUCUGACCCCUUGGACCAUGGGCUAGACAGAGAACGGCUUUACUGGGAGCUAAGCCAGCUGACCCACAGUGUCACCCAGAUGAACCCCUACACCCUGGUCAGGGGCAGCCUCUUCGUCAAUGGCUAUUCCCCCCAGAGUUUAUCUGUUCAGAGUGAGUACCAGCUAAAUUUCCGCAUCAUCAACCGGAACCUCAGCAACUCAGACCCCAUGUCCUCCGAGUACGCUGCCCUACUGAGGGACAUCCAGGACAAGGUCACUAAACUCUACAGAGGCAGCCAGCUACGAGAUGUAUUCCGCUCCUGCCUAGUUACUGAUUUGAAGUUGGGCUCUGUGUCAGUCACCAUCCAGGAGCUGUUCUCCUCCAGCAUCGACCUCAGCAUGGUGAAGCAAGUCUUUCUAGACAAGACCCUCAAUGCUUCAUCCCACUGGCUGGGCGCCACCUACCAUUUGGUAGAUAUUCAAGUGACAGAAGUGGAAACAUCAGUUCAUCUGCCCACAGACAAACCAACAAGCAGUCCCAGCCUUCAGCACUUCCAGCUGAAUUUCAUUGUCACCAACCUACUCUAUGUCCAGGACAUAGCCCAGCCAGGCACCGCCACACACCAGCGGAACAAGAGAAGUAUGGAGAAUGUGCUCAACCAGCUUUUCCGAAACAGCAGCAUCCAGAGUUCUUUUUCUGACUGUCAAGUUUUAGCAUUCAGGUCUGUCCCGCACAGCAACUGCACCAGAGUGGACACCCUGUGCCACUUCUCAUCAUUGGCACUGAGAGUGGACAGAGUCGCUGUCUAUGAGGAAUUCCUGCAGCUGACCCAGAAUGGCACCCAGCUGCAGAACUUCACCCUGGACAGGGACAGUGUCCUAGUGGAUGGGUAUCCUCCCAGCAGACACGACGCCCUGGCUGGGGACCCGGGCCUCCCCUUCUGGGCUGUCAUCCUCAUCUGCCUGACAGGGCUCUCGGUGCUCAUCACAUGCCUGAUCUGCUGCCUCCUGGUCACCACGUGCCUGCGGAAGAAGGAGGGCGAUUUUGAGAUCCAGCGAUGA